UAUGGAGUUUUUAGGGCCUGCAGAGUACUACAUGCUUUUCAGAAAUGAUAGUCUAAUGGUAGGUGAAGUCUCAGGAGUACAGCUCUGUCUUAAAUACUUCCCCAGAGCUCAGAUUAACUGAAACAUUAAAAAGAUUCAUUAAAUGGCAAGUGCAAAGCUUAGUUUUGGUGGUGAUAAAUUUGAGAACUCAUAGCAGGCAGUCAUAGUAAUACAUCUAUGGUAGUUUGUGCUUCUGAGGGAAUUUCUGAGGAAGCACUUCUUCAAAGUCCCUUUUUGAGUAUAAAAUGGAAGUAGAGACUCUCCCAAGGAAAAGUCUGAUCUUUAAUUCAUUUAUGAAGCCGUGAAUAAAUGUUGCACAGUUUUGUGUCCAUGAUAAGAUGUUGGGUGUAGUGAAAUUUCAACUUAAAAUAUUCACCAGGCCAAAUAGAACUGAAAAGUACAUUCUGUUUCUUCUUUGAGGAGGCAAGCAAAUAACUCUCAUUGCACCAGAAUCUGUAAAUUCCCAUCAUCCAUAAAUGCUUAAAGAAGCAAAUAAUUUUGUAAAGAUCUGAUGCUAAGGGAAUGAAAAAAAUAUGAGUUUUUACUUCAAGAUGCUGUCAAAUGUUCCAGGCGAUGGAAUGAGCUGGAAUUAUUCUGCACAGUUUAAAUCAACACUACAGAAUGAGGCCAAGGAGACAGAAAGAUGUGCAGUAUUUCUGCAAUCAACAUUUUUUUUAAAAUGCCUAAGCACAGAUGUUUCAAGGAAUGAGGGUCUGCUCUAGGCUUUGCUACCUCAUUUUGUCAACCUGAAGGAGUCUCUUAAAACAGUAUUUUGAUAUUUAUAGUCACAGCAAAAGGUUUCUUGUUCCAUGAGACUAGAAAUGGUAGUGGGCUUGCUGUCUCCAGGGUGGCUGGUGGGUUUCGGACAGAGGAAAGAGAAUCUAGUUAUCAGAUACUGGCUCUAGAUUUCAAUAUGUCAGUUUUCCUAAUCUACUUUUUGCUGCUUUUAGACUGAGUGUGAAAUUUAAUUAAUUAAAGCAAUACUUGAAUACUUUAAGCUAUUGGGAGAAAAUGCUGUAUGCACAAUCUGAUAUUUUUUUCAACAUGGCUAAGAUAAUUUAUAUGGGAAGACACUGAAAGCAAGCUGAAGUCAGAGUUUUCACCUCGAGAGAAAAGUCUAAACCAGAAAAUGCAGAAGUCGAAAAGGAACAAUGCAAAAGAGCAGCAAUGUACUGCAUUUGCUAGAUUUGUUGCUACACUGUGAAAUUGUUCUUGUUGUUUGCAUUUUUUCCCAGUUCUUAGCAGGGGAAAAAAAAAAUACGGCUAAAGUCUGUAUUCUGUGAAAAAACAAUCCCCAGAGCAGCUGUGAGGCCAGUGGAGUCUGUGUCUCACCUGUCCUCUGCCUGGCUGCCUCAUAGCCUGCCUUUGUGAGGCCACGUUUGUGGGGUCGCAUUAUGGAGGGAGACACUGUGCUGGACUCAUUCCCUAACAGUCUGACACCACUGCAGAAAUAUCUUUGCCUGAUAGAUGUUGGCUAUUUCAUUAACACCAGUGGUGCAGCACUUUUCAAGCCAGAGAGGAAUGUAGAUGUCAUUAUCUCACUUGAUUAUGGUUUGGGGAAUGCGUUCAAGCAAUUAGAGAUGACAUACAAAUAUUGCAAGAUACAAAAAAUCCCAUUCCCCAAAGUGGAGAUAAGUGAAGAAGAGGCAAAGAACCCAAAGGAAUGUUACGUGUUUGAAGAUGCAGAGGACCCGAGAGCGCCCAUAGUAAUUCAUUUCCCCCUUGUGAAUGACACAUUUAAGGAAUUCAAGGCACCUGGAGUAAAGCGCAGUCUCUCAGAGAUGGAAGAAGGCAAAGUAAAUCUGGAAAACAACUGUUCACCUUAUUACCUCAUUAGGCUAAUCUACUCUCCUGAAAAUUUUGACAAACUUGUGAAUCUGAGCAAGUACAACAUCCUCAACAACAGAGACCUGCUCUUUCAGGCACUUCAGAAUGCUGUAGAACGGAAAAUAAGUUGCACAACUUGGAAUCUCCCCAGCCACUCUGGAGCUGGAUAUGCCUAGGCUGGGUUUUCAUUCUUUUCCUCACUGAAGGCUACA